GGGAGUGGUUUGGAGUGAGGCUGUAUAACGGGCAGGCCAGCAUGGGCCACCCUCAGCCUGGACCUGGAGCUGGCUCUGGAGAAUUCCAGCACUGAUGGCUCCACAGACUGGUCCCAGUGAGAAAGGGACCAGAUCCAUCCCAGCCUUUCCACAGCUUUUCACUUGGGAAGAGAUCAGGACCCGCAACGGCCGUGAGCAAGGCCAGGAGCAGUGGCUCGUGGUUGACAGGAAGGUUUAUGAUGUCAGCACGUUUUCCAAGAGACAUCCCGGGGGCAGCCGGGUUAUCAGCCACUAUGCUGGGCAGGAUGCCACGGAUGCCUUCGUGGCAUUUCACAAUGACAAGUCCCUGGUGAAAAAGUACCUGAAAUCUCUGCUGAUUGGGGAGCUGGCACCAGAUCAACCCAGCUUUGAGUCUAAUAAAAAGAAAUCCCUCUUGGAGGAUUUUCGUGAGCUGCGCUGCACCAUUGAGAAGAUGGGACUUCUGAGGCCAAAUUACUUCUUCUUCUUCCUGAUUUUCCUUCACCUCCUCGUGCUGGAUGCUGCAUCCUGGCUUGUGGUCUGGUACUUUGGCAUAUCCCUGGUGCCCUUCCUGGCUGGCAUGGUGUUCUUCACCACUGCCCAGAUCCAGAUGGGCUGGUUCCAGCACGAUCUGGGGCACUGCUCUGUCUUCAGGAAGCCCAGGUGGAAUCAUCUCCUGCAGACCGUGGUGAUAAACAUGCUGAAGGGGCUGCCUGCCAGCUGGUGGAACCAUCUGCACAACCAGCACCAUGCCAAGCCCAACUGCUUCCGCAAGGACCCCGACCUCAACAUGCACCCUCUGCUCUUCAGCCUGGGAAGGACCCUCUCCGUGGAGCUUGGAAAGCAGAAGAAGAAGUUCAUGCCUUACAAUUACCAGCACAAGUAUUUCAUCUUGCUGGCCCCACUCGCCCUCAUACCCUUCUUCCAGCUGUCAAUAUUCUACUUUGCAAUCAAGAGGAAAAAGUGGUUGGACCUGAUAUUGAUUGUGGCUUUCAAUGUCCGAAUCUGCCUCAUGUACGUUCCUUUAAUGGGAUUUAAAAAUUUCAUGGUGUACUACUGGCUGUCCAGAUACUUUGAGAGUACCUGGUUUAUUUGGGUGACCCAGAUGAACCACAUCCCAAUGAAUAUUGAUUAUGACAAGAACAAAGACUGGGUGUCUACUCAGCUCCACGCAACCUGCAACGUGAAGCAGUCUGUGUUCAACGACUGGUUCACUGGGCACCUGAACUUCCAAAUCGAACACCACCUGUUCCCCACAAUGCCUCGGCACAACUACUGGAAAGUGGCUCCCCUGGUGAAAAGCCUCUGUGACAAGCAUGGCAUUGAGUACAAAACCAAGACUCUGCUGACAGCCUUUAUAGAUAUUUUGCAUUCCCUGAAGGAUUCUGGGGACCACUGGCUGGAAGCAUAUCUGUAUGGAUAGAAACUGGCAACUCUCCAAGGGAAUCCCUUCACCACACAACUGCUGCUAAGAGCCAGGACACACCAUCCCUGUGCAUGUCCUCAGGCAUAGGAACUGAGGAGCUGGGCAAAGCUAAUUUCAGUAAGAAUCAAAUGGGAAAGUGGCUUCAAGAUACAUUUUUACCUUGUUCCCAACCUCUGUGGGAGCCUCUGUUUUUUCCUGCUCAAUCUCAGAAUUCAGAGAUGGGCUUUUAAACUCGGGGAGAAGUAGCUCUUGAAUCAGCUUGAUCAGUUUAACUUUAUUGGAAGUGUCAGUUCCUUGCUUAUGGAAGAGAGAAAGUUCUUCUCAGAGUCAUAGAAUCCUGGAAUGAUUUGGGUUGGAAGGGACCUUAAAGAUCAUCUUGCUCUACCCCCUGCCAUGGGCAGGGACA